AAUGGCUCCCACCCCCUUGUUUCGCAAGGCUCAGAGUUCCCUAUCUCAAAUCUGAGAAGUGAAUUAUCCCUUUCUCUGCCUUUUCACAGUUUGACAUUGUGAAAAACAAGUCCAGUCCAUAUCUGCAGUCAUGUUCACCCAUCACAUUACAUUUGCAACAUUACAUUUACAUUUGGCUGUGGCGCUUCUGUCUACAAUUGCCAUGGAAACCUGUCCUUCUGCAGGGAACCCUGGACUUCCAGGGAUUCCUGGAAUUCCUGGAAUUCCUGGUCGAGAUGGCUGGGAAGGAGAGAAGGGGGAGAAAGGGGAACCUGGGCUGCCAUUUAAAUCAGGGCAGGUGGCACAGAAAGGACAGAAAGGGGAGAGUGGCCAACCAGGGCCCCCUGGGAAGAUUGGCCGGAGUGGAUCCAGAGGUGCACCAGGCAUUCCUGGCGCAAUGGGGCCCAUGGGAGACAAAGGCGUGGUGGGGGUCGACAAACUGGAGCUCCAGUCUGCCUUCAGCGUCACCCGACGAACCAAGGCUCAGCCCACCGCAGGAAGCCCUAUUCGCUUCUCAAAUGUCAUCACAAACCUCAACAAACACUACAAUGUUGAUACGGGCAAGUUUGUCUGCCACAUCCCGGGCACGUACUACUUUGUCUACCACGCAUCUUCAGAGGCAAACCUAUGUGUCAGUCUUGUCCGGGAUAGCGAGGUCCUGGCCAGCUUCUGUGACCAUUUGACCACCAAUGGCUACCAAGUGAGCUCCGGAGGGCUGACGGUCUACCUGCGAAAAGACCAGGAAAUUUGGCUGGAGACAAAUGACUAUAAAGGCAUGAUUGGGGUGGAAGGCAAACAAAGCGUUUUUUCAGGGUUCCUGCUCUAUCCACACUGAGACACUGUCUUUUUACUGCCUUGGAAAAUUAAUCUCCCUGGCUACGAGCCCUGCUAUCCUGAUUACUGCACUGCUACACUCUCUCACACAGCCUGCUAUCUAUCCUAGCCUGGGAAGAGCAGGCAAAAACUAUACUGUAGUGUUACUUUAAAAUAAUAAUUAAAGUAAAAGUAAAAGUAGUCAUCCAAAUAACUACUUGAGAAAGAGUAAGAAAGUAUCUCCUGAAAUAACUACUCAAGUACUUACUUACUUUGUUGGAUCUGAUUUAAAUGGGCAGUUCACCAAAAAAUAAAAUUUAGCUUAUGUUUCCACUUACUCAAAGUACUAUCUAUCCAUACAGAUUUCUAGAUUUCACAAUGGGAUAUAAUGGACUUCUAUGGACCUGUGCUUUUCUGGUAAUCAAUUUGCCGAUAAUUUACAUUUAAAAGCGCAACAGUAAUGUCUCUUUCCAAAUAUAAUGCCACAGUUACUUGCAAACAGUAGAAGCUGUUAGUGUCUCUGGGGGUACUCUAUAAAGAUUUUAUAGGAUAGGAUAGCACUCUCAGAAACCACCCAAGUAGGCAAAGAUAGCUGCACCACUGUAUGGCAGCUGAGCUUCACUAGCUUGAUCCCUGACAGAAUUUAUCUCUAUAGCGUUAGUCUCUAUAUCCUCUUCGAACACCCUGCGCCUCCAAAUCGCACACACACACCUUCCUUUCCCAUGUCAUACACUCUCAGUUUCUGUUCCUCUGCCUCCAUGGAGCAAGUUUAGUGCCAAUAUUAUUUAUUGAUUGGGUUUUGGAAUUCACGGAAUAAGCUUACAAUGCCAAAAACACAUGUAAAUAAUAUUGGCACUCGGGUUCAUAUGCUCCAUAUGCCUCAUCUUGUGAAGUAAAUACCAAGUUUCCUUACAUCCAACAUGUAAGUGUGACACUGAACCAAAAGCAAUUAUUUCUGAAACUAUGAAUUUACUUGUUGCAGUUUUGAGGACUGUAAAACAGAUCACAGUUUUCGUUUAUGGGGGCCAUUGACGGGCAAUGUUUUGGGAAGCUCGCAAACAAGCUCCCAAAAAUUCACUGCUUACCUGCUUUCUCACAUUUCUGCUGUGCUUAAUAAUAAUAAUAAUUUCAAUGAUGUGUUUAAAUCAGCAAUUGUUCAGUCUAGAUCACAGACAAAAGAAAAGCCAUGAUAACAGAUUUUUUCUAAGGAUGGUGAAGGAGCAAUGUGUUUUUCAGUUAGACUUUUUUAUGUAUCGAUUGCAUUCUGUAAAUACCUAUAGACCAAAUGAUUUUUUAAAGCCAUUUAGAGCAGUAGGUCAAGGCACCACUGGAGGCAGGAGAUCGACUGCUGAGUGAGGCAGGGCAAAUAAAUUCAUAACAGAAGCAUCCAUACACUGCAUGAAACAUCUGCUGUGAUUAUUUCCAAUACUGUUUUCCAAAAGGCAUUGUCACAAGAAAAAUGAUUUUCUGUUUUAAAGUCUCUUUAAGACUGCUUAUAUAUAUUCCAUUUCAGUGGUACUUUUUUGCUUACUCUAUACUGAAGGAUUAACUAAUUGUAUUAGUUCCUGCCACCCUCCUGCCACAUUACAAUGUGAAAUCCUUUAAUAAACAUUUUUUUUAUUACAUUCUAA